ACUAGCGACUCAGAUCGAAGUAGUGGGAUCAGUGCAAAGUUGACGUUUGUGGAGACAAACCCAUCUCACAUCUUUCUCUCUCUAAGCUCAGACCAGAUGGCGACAAAACUUAGCUCCGACUCGGAGCGAAAGCAAGACCCACGCACAGAGAGACGCACAAAAGAGCAAUGGCACUGGUUCCAUCUGAUCCCAUCGACAACGGCCACUCCCUACCCCUCAUCGCCGAGGUCGACAUGUCCUCCGACCCCUCCGCCGCCGCCGUCGUCCGCGGCACCGUCGUCCAGGCCUCCACCGUCUUCUACGACACACCCGCCACUCUGGAUAAGGCGGAGAGAUUGCUGGCCGAGGCGGCUUCGUACGGGUCUCAGCUGGUCGUCUUCCCCGAAGCCUUCGUGGGAGGUUACCCCCGCGGCUCCAAUUUCGGCGUCACCAUCGGCAAUCGCACGGCCAAGGGCAAGGAGGAGUUUCGCAAGUAUCAUGCCUCCGCCGUUGAUGUUCCAGGCCCUGAAGUUGAUCGGUUAGCAGCGAUGGCUGGAAAAUAUAAAGUGUACCUGGUGAUGGGGGUGAUAGAGAGAGAUGGAUAUACAUUGUAUUGCACAGUCCUGUUUUUUGAUCCUCAAGGUCGUUACCUUGGGAAGCACCGCAAAGUCAUGCCCACGGCUCUAGAGCGUGUCAUCUGGGGAUUCGGUGACGGGUCGACCAUUCCGGUGUUUGAUACGCCGAUUGGGAAAAUCGGUGCGGCCAUUUGCUGGGAAAAUAGAAUGCCACUUCUGAGGACAGCAAUGUAUGCUAAAGGUGUUGAAAUAUAUUGCGCACCGACAGCUGAUGACAGGGAGACUUGGCAAGCAUCUAUGACACAUAUUGCUCUUGAGGGUGGAUGUUUUGUUUUAUCAGCCAACCAAUUUUGUCGUCGGAAAGAUUACCCACCUCCACCGGAGUAUGUUUUUGCUGGAACAGAUGACGAUCUUAACCCAGAUUCUGUCGUAUGUGCUGGAGGCAGUGUAAUUAUAUCUCCGUCAGGAAAUGUUUUGGCUGGACCCAAUUAUGAUGGCGAGGCACUUAUCUCAGCUGACCUUGAUCUUGGAGAAAUAGCGCGGGCCAAGUUUGAUUUUGAUGUGGUUGGGCAUUAUUCGAGGCCCGAGGUGCUCAGCCUGAUCGUGAGGGACCAUCCGAAUAACCCAGUUACCUUUGCAUCGACAUCCGGGAAGCCUGAAGGCCCUUUAUAAAUAGGUUAUGUUUUCUUUCACGGAGCCAGGUCCAAAUCAUGGCGAGUAGUGCCGAGAAUGCUGCUCCCAGUGGGAAACCUCCUGAUGGUUUGUUUGAACUUUUUCUACUUCGUGGGCUAUUGUAAAUUCUGCUUGAUGGUUGAGGAAGCAAUGCUAUGUCUCAGUUGCACAGUAAACAUGUCUGGACUCUGUACAAUACGACUCCUUGUAAUUAGUCUCCAUCUUGACAAUGAAAUGGGAUCGUUAAUGGCUUU